AUGGCCUGCUUAUGGAUCAUUUUACUCUCUCUUCUGAAUGCAGCUGGUGCUGCUCUCCCACCGCCAUGCGAGAGCAAAAUCUACUGUACUGGGGAGCUCUUGAGACAAGUACAGAUGGCCAAACUGUUUGAUGACAAUAAAGCCUUUGUGGAUAUGAAGUUGACUGCAGCACCUGAUGUUGUUGUAGACAUCUUUUCUAAUCUAACAAAAAGCUUUCCAAAUGAGACUGUACCUCUCUCUGAACUACGAGUGUUUGUGAGUAAUUACUUUGUAAAUAAUGGAAAAGAAUUUGAGCCAUGGAGUCCUCCAGACUGGCCUGACAAGCCCAAAAUUCUGGAAAAAAUUUCAGACCCAAAUCUUCGUAGCUGGGCUGAGACGUUGCAUGGUUUGUGGAAGUCACUUGGACGAAAGAUCAGCAAUGAUGUCAGAGACAAUCCUCAGCUGUAUUCCAUGAUAUACUCCCCAUACCCAGUCAUUGUACCAGGUGGACGUUUCACUGAGUUUUACUACUGGGACUCAUAUUGGGUGUUAAAUGGUCUCUUACUGUCUGAGAUGACGGAAACUGCCAAAGGAAUGAUCCAGAACUUCCUUAACAUGGUAGACAGGUAUGGUUUUGUACCAAAUGGAGGAAGAAUUUACUAUGAGCGACGCAGCCAGCCACCCUUCCUUUCUCUAAUGGUGGAGAGUUACUAUAAUGCCACUAACGACAUCGACUUUAUCAGACAGGCUUUACCAAUGUUGGAGAAGGAGUACAGAUUUUGGAUGGAGAAUCGCUCCAUUAUUGUUGAAAUGGACAAGGUCAAACACACACUGAAUCACUAUAAUGUACAAGUAGGCCAGCCCAGACCAGAAUCUUACACACACGAUGUUGAGCUGGCAGAGGGUUUACCUCCAGAUGCUCAGGAUAAGAUAUAUACAGAGCUGAAAGCAGCAGCUGAGUCAGGGUGGGAUUUUUCCUCACGCUGGUACAUAAACAGCGCUGGCCAAAACAGUGGCUCAUUCAGGGACACCAGCACUAGCCACAUUGUGCCUGUCGAUCUCAAUGCCCUCAUGUGUCGCAAUGAGCGCCUUCUGGCCACCUUCCACAGGCUUCUGGGUGAUGAGAAGAAGGCACUUGUUUUUGAUAAUGCAGUCUCUUCCAGGAUAAAGGCUAUAGAGAGUGUGCUAUGGGAUGGAGAAAGGGGAGCUUGGUUUGAUUACAAUUUUUUAAGCAAUAACAGCCACCCCGCUUUCUACACAUCUAACCUAAGUCCUCUUUGGGCACAGUGCUAUUCUCAGCCUAGCAUGGGUCAGCUGGCAUUACAGUAUCUCACAAAAAGUGGAGGUUUGAACUACCCUAAUGGUAUUCCUACCUCCCUGAGUGACAGUGGUCAGCAGUGGGACAUGCCUAACGCCUGGCCUCCGCUCCAGCACAUGCUCAUUGAAGGCCUGUCACAACUUGACUCAGCAGUUGCCAAACAACUUGCCUUUGAUUUGGCUCAGCGGUGGAUUCGAACUAAUUGGGUGGCUUAUGUAAAUUAUGAUGCCAUGUUUGAGAAGUAUGAUGUCAGUGGAGAUGGCAAACCUGGUGGAGGAGGUGAAUAUGAAGUCCAGUUGGGGUUCGGUUGGACCAAUGGUGUUGCACUGCAGUUGCUGAACCAGUACGGUGAUAGGCUAACUUCUGGGGGAAGUGUAGUAACUUGUACCCUUCUGAGGACAUUAAUUUACCCACUUGCUUAUUUCCUAUUUUCAUUUUGGGACCUCUGA